AUGGAGAGCUUGAAGGCGUGUGCAGCAGAGGGGAUGGGGCCACGAGGGGAGAGAGGCGCCGAGAAGAGUGGAAGCAAGAAAAGUGGAACUGAGAAGAGUGGAGCGCAGGGGAGUGGCGUUGCAGCGUCAGUGUGUCCGCUCCUCGGCUCGGAGCUGCUGCUGAAGGCGGAGUUCAGAGCAAAGGUGGACGUCACCUGCCCCGUCUGCCUGGAGGUGCCCUUUGACCCGGUGUCUCUCGCCUGCACGCACAUCUUCUGUCGUGGCUGCGCUUGCUCCGUGGCGCACGUGCCGGUGUUUUUCGGCCUCGACUCCGCAUCGCCCCACAUCACGUGCCCUCUGUGCCGCCAGCAGGGGGUGUUUCGGCAUCCCCGGUCUCUCAGGGAACUGCACAGGCUCAUCAUGGCAAGCCACGGCUUCCCUUGGACCCGGGACCUCUGUUGUAUCCUGCACUGCAUGCAGUCAGGGGAGGGACCAGAGCAGCAGCCAGAGCAAGAGAGAUCACAAGGGGUGUGGUGCGGCUCUUUGCUUCUUUCUCUGCUCUCGAAGCUCCCUGCCAGCCACGGCUUCCCUUGGACCCGGGACCUCUGUUGUAUCCUGCACGGCAGGCAGUCAGGGGAUGGACCAGAGCAGCCACAGGAGUGGUAG